AGGUGUUGUCCCUUUGUUUUUUUUGCCUGCAAAAUAGAAAAGAAAAAAAGGUCCGCCAGAGAGCAUAUUGGUAGCUGUUGUGCGUGAUUUUCCAUCAGUUUUCUUCACGACGACGGGUAGAAAAAAAAAAAUGAAACGCGGUAAAACAGACGAGGAUGGACAGAACGUACGGGAUAAAUUACAAGAACUAGAAAACCAACACGACGGACAUCAUCAUCAUCAUCAACGACCAGCCACCGUUCCGUUAUUGAAUCGGUGUUGCUGUUUCAGUUUGCUGACUGGUGCCGUCUUCACGGGUAUCUACGCUACGGCUGUUUACAUUUGUGCAUUCGCCAUUGAGCUCUGGUUGAUUACCGAAGCAAAAGAUGAAUUACCUUCUCCGCCUUACAUUCUUUGUUUGGUUUACUUUAUCAUUUGGAUUAUGUCAGUGGCCUUGCUCGUUGGACUUGCCCUGAGAAGAACGCAACCCAUUUUAGCUUGGUUACUGUGCUUGAUUGUGGUAUUCUUUCCGGAAUGCGGACUCGUUAUGUUCAUGAGUCUCUAUUACUGGACACUGAGUACGUCAUUCGGCACGGUAGAAUUGGUAUUUUGGAUCGUCCGCGCUUCAAUGAAUAUUUUGGGGGCGAUCCAAGUCUUUUCUCUUUAUUCACAAUGGAAAGAGGAAAAGAACGUCGGGCGAAGAUUACGCGAUCUUAGCAUGCAUACGUCUCCGAUGUCUAACGGUUACUAUACGAACCCCAUAAUUAAGACACCAUUGCCGGGGAGCCUCAGAGCUGGUUAUCACAAUGCCGCUUAUCUCAACUCGAACGUGAAUUUGCAUCGACACAUGCAAAUGCACGGCAACCGUCAACAAGUCAACGCUGCCAUGGCAUCGUUGGAUCGUACACGCAAACAUUUCGCAAAACACUCGUUAAACCGAUCCAUAUCUUCCGUAUCGCAACUCUACCCAAAGGAUGAGACCGAUUGUGGCAAGGUGUUCACUAAAGGUGAGAUGGCGAACGGCUUUACGGUUUUCGACCAGUGGCAACAGCAUCAGCAGUGGCUGGAACAGAAAAAAAUGGGGAUAACUCCAGAACCUGGAAUGGCAUUUGGUCCUAUGGGCAUCGCUGGAGUUGGACUAGAUGAUUCGGAAUUGGGACCGAUGGAUAACGGCUGUUGCCCGCAGCAUUCCAUGCGGUUUACGAACGAUGGCGAUUACUUGAAUCGGGCCCCACUUUCGCGUGCCGUCAGCACGCUCUUGUUGAAUCGUCACUGCCCGUCUCAAUUUGCAAUUCCAAAUUUUGAUCGACAACGCCAGUUUUUAAUUGGCUCCAAUUCGGUUAGCAGCCAAGCUCCGCCAAUGAGACGGGCCCAUUCCAUGAACGAUUUAAAUCUUAGGGCUUCCUCAACCUCAUGCGAUAUCAAGUUCGGUCGAACAAACAGGCCGCAUUUCGAUUAUAUUCGGUCGGCCGGACGUCACGGACAUAUAAUUACGCGAGGCGAAUCUGACGACUUCCAGCGAAGCUACAAAGACGUCGCUUUGUAAACUUUGGAUGAUAGGCCUUGAAAAAAAAUAAUAAUGUUUGAAAAAUCACGUGCGUUGUCUCUUUCAAAAGGUCCCUGACAACAAACAUGCAGCUUCGAAAAAAAAAGUUACCUGAUAUUUUUUUGUGUUGUUGUUAUAUCUCGUCAAGGUAGCGUAUAGACACACUGCCUCUGAUUUGCACCUUUAACAAUACAUUUUGUUUGCCCUUA